AUUAGGCAACAACAUCUGAAAUAGUUGUAUAGACAUACCAACCAUGUUUAGUUUGAAUAUUCUGUGUUUGAGCUUAGUGUAUCUCUUUGCUUGUCAUCUUCAAGAUACACCUGUUAAUGGACAAGAAGUAAAUCUGCCUCCAGGUCAUGAAUGUCAGAUGACGCCGGUGAUCCACGUUCUUCAGCAUCCAGGAUGUGUUCCAAAGCCGAUCCCAUCGUACGCGUGCAUAGGAAAAUGUACCAGUUACGUACAGGUUUCUGGUAGCAAAAUUUGGCAAAUGGAGAGAUCAUGCAACUGUUGUCAAGAAUCGGGUGAACGCGAAGCAAACGUUGUUCUCUUCUGCCCUAAAGCGAAAAGCGAAGAAAAGAGAUUUCGACGGGUAUCUACCAAAGCGCCAUUAGAAUGCAUGUGUAGGCCGUGUAGUAUGAUUGAAGAGAAUUCAAUUAUCCCUCAAGAAAUGGCUGGAUAUGCAGAAGAUGAAUUGCUUCAGAGCCAAUUUAGGAAAAAUUUAUAAAUAUUGUUACCUAACUGUUAAUAGUGUUAUAUUAGUUACAGCACCGAGCGUCAAACUAUCGAGCAUUGUUUCUACGAACUAUGUUACUACUCAUAUUGAAUGCCAUCGAAAAUAGUGUGUAAAGUAGAAUUUGUUUCGAUUUUAUCUAUCAUGCAUACUAUUUCGAUACUCCGUGGUAAAAGUUCUCGUAAAGUCACAUUUGAUGAUCGGUCUGUGCUGACCAUAAUACACUUAAAGAGCAGGAACUACUCGUAGAAUUGAAAAUGUUGACUGAGCUGUAAAUGUAUAAUUAUUGAUUUUGUGUUAACAAUAAAAAGCC